GCGUCCCUCAAAUCAUUUCGGCGGGAAAAUAUCGUAAAGGAAGAAAGAAAAUUUUUUAUUUUUCAAAUAAGAUUCUUGGCAUUCCUUGACAAUGAACGAACUUAGUCCAGCAUUUCAACAAGUCCCAGGGACGCCGUAUUUUCAGGUCAGGAAUUUCUCCUCUUCAUUUGAGUCGCCAGCAUCUCAUGUUCCUGAUAUUGAUGAUCAUCGAACAUCAGCCAUUUACUUUUUCGCAAGACGUACCCCAUUACCUCCAUCUACCCCUGGGAUGACUGUACCAUCCACAGGAACAGGGCACACCCCAUUGGCUCAAUCUACCCCUGGUAUGACAGUACCAACCUCAGAGACAGCUACCCCAACACCAUUACCCAAAGAAAGGUGUUUGAAACACGGGAAGGCAGAACAUUCUUUUACACCAGAGCUUGAGCAAACAGUGCCAAGCUGCUCCCAUCUGAUAUCUGCAAAUCAUUAUAAAAAGGAAAAUUUGAAAAGAAAAAAUAUCAAGUCAAUAAAUAUUAAGAUUAACCAUGCAGAACAAUUAGAUCUUUUCACUGGUGAAGAUAUUUUUGCAUAAAAAUAUAUAUGAUUGACUAUUGUAAUUUGUGAUAACGAGUAUAAAUUAAUGUAAAACAAGAUCAGUUUAUAAUAUCAUCAUAUUCAAACUUGUUUUGCAUAAACCUAUAAUUUAGUUUUCUGUUCUGAAAAUUAUAAAAAAAAAGAAAUUUAUGUUGCGGAAACUUCAUAUAGCUACGCUAGUGAAGAUUUUUUUAGCUAGUGUAAAAAAAAUGAGACGCACGUACGAAAUUCCAUGAAACAAGGUAUUCCGGAAGUGACUCUACCGGAAAAUGCAUUACAUUCAAAAGGGGGAGGCUGCUCAGCCUAGACCUUUUCUUGACUCUAACGCUUUCGCUGUUGGAAUAACAUGGCGAAGUAUGACUAUCUUCUGACUUUUACUGAAGGAGUUUCAGAGCAACUUAAAGGCUACAUCACGGACUGCCUACGAAGAGCAAAUCUCCAAAUUCUUCGUGAAGAGUUACGGGGGAAAACCCUUAUUAGCGUCCAUGCACAGUUCGAUGCUCUUCUGAACAAGGCAGAGGAACUUGACUUAGAAAAGAAGAAAACCGGUAGUUCGGAGGCCAGAGAAGUAACUGUGGAUCAAUUUGAUGAGUUUGCCGGCUCAGACAACAAGGAGACAUUUUUCACUGCAUCUGAAAGAUCUUAUCUUACCAAAAACAUAGUUGAAGAUGUCAGUUAUGAGAAGGAAAAACUAUCCUCUUUUGGUGUGAGCCUACGUGAUGCAGGGAGCUUUCUGACUGAAUGCCUACAUUCUAAGCCGCCAGUGUUAGAAUCAGCAUAUCCUCUGCAUGAUCUUGAGUUUAAAGAGCAGUUAUGGAGGAAAAUGAAAGCCAAUAUUAUACUAUGUCCUCUACAAGAAAUCAGGGAUUAUUAUGGAGAGGGUGUGGCCCUAUACUUUGCCUGGAUGACCUGCUUUACUUGGACCCUGGUCCCUGUUGCAGUUCUUGGUGCCAUGCUGUACAUCUUCAAGCCCAAAGGGGUGACAGUUGAUGAUAACCCUUUACUUCCCUUCUAUGAGGUUCUCAUGGCUUUCUGGGCCAUAACCUUUUUAGUGAUAUGGAAGAGGAAAGAAUCAGAACUAGCCUACAAAUGGAACACAUAUAAUAUUGAUCACAUAGAACAAGUGCGACCUCAAUUUCAUGGUGCUAUAAUUACAAGUCCAAUCACUGACAAGCCAAUCAAGUACUACCCAAGAUGGAAGCGCUGGUUGAGAUAUGGCCUGAGUGUGUUGCUUACCCUUCCUGUUCUUUUACUUGCUGUUGGUGCUAUGCUCUGCUCUUUAAAUCUCAAUGGCUAUAUCAAAGACAAGGAGAGCCCUGUCUACAUUGCAGUCUUGACACAUUUUGCUCAACCUGGUCAGAUAUUUGCUGCUGAUAGUGAGUACUAUGGGUGGAUGAUCCCCACUAUCGGACACUCUCUUGUGAUUAACAUGCUGAACAAGCUGUAUCGAACCGUGGCCCAGUUUUGUACUGACAUGGAAAAUCACAGAACAGAGAGGGAAUGGAAUAACUCUUUGAUCAUCAAGCGUGUGAUGUUUGAGGUCUUUGACUGCUUUCUGCCAUUAUUUUACAUUGCCUUCUACCAGCUGAAUGUGGUAGCACUUCGAAGAGAACUUGUUGGACUCUUUUGGGGUGAUGAGAUCCGUAGACUGGUUACAGAAUCAUUCCUGCCAUACCUAACUGAGAAGAGUUACAUCUGGAAACAGCAACGAGAGUAUGCUAAGAAAAAGAAGAAUGACACAGAAAAGGCUGGCAUUCCCUCACAGGCCCAGCAAGAUGCUAUCCUGGAGGAGUAUGACCAGUUCGAUGAUUACCUGGAAAUGGUAGUACAAUUUGGGUAUGUUACACUGUUUGCGUCAGCCUUUCCCCUGGCUGCAGCAGUCAGCAUUGUGUUCCUGUUUAUAGAGGCACGGUCAGACCUCUUUAAGUUGCUGUUCAUUUACCAGAAACCGCCAGUGAUGAGGGUUUCAAGUAUCGGUGUCUGGUACAGCGUUCUGUACAUGAUGAUGAUUCUAUCCAUGCUGACAAAUAGCCUCAUUGUGGGGUUCUCAUCGGAGCAACUUGCUUCCUGGUGUCCGUGGAUGUACGAAACUAUUGAAGGGGACCAAUUCAUCAAACCUGGAUAUGGCCGGUACGUCGUUGCUAUAGUAUUCAGUUGCGAACAGAUGCUGAUUCUAUGUGCGGCCUUAGUUCGAGUUGUGGUCCACGAUCGACCUAAGUGGGUGCGCACUGCUAUCGCACGAAAAAACUACCAGCUGGAAAAAGAACGCAAAGCCCUAGAAAAGCUACAGAAACAGCAAGCCAUACCUGCGUACUUUGAGAAUUAGUCAGACACCGCAAAUGUUCCAAACAAUCCAUAACACACAGAAGCCAAAUUUUCAGAAUUAUGGGAGGGUGGGGGUCAUCAAAAGGCAUGUUUUGGGCUUAGUGGGAUAUUUGUCUGUGUUUCUUGUCUCAGAGAGUAGUGAUAUCGCCGUAGAUUUAGGCUUUUCUUUCCCCAAGGAGAUGGGGAUGUUCUCGAAAGAGAAAGAGAGAAAGCCGAGAUACAACUAUUUCAAAGAAGGUUGUCAUAGUGCAAGCGAUGAAUUGCAAAUGACAAUUGGUAGUUCUAUGACCGAACGGAUGUGUGAAAUAAACUCUAGUGAUGCAAGAGGA